AUGACAGGCGGAGUAGCCGAAUCGGGCGCUGCUCGCAUCGAAUCGUUCGCCAAAACGCCUUGCUUCACCUACGCACUCCGAUACUACGUUAGCCAUUAUGAAGCGGCGACGCCCAGGGCUCACGCUGAGCGCGCACUUGUUUUGUUCAUGCCUACUCGACAGGCGUACUACUGCCACAGCUUGUGGUUAGCGAUCCACGGAAACAACACAGACCAUCGCAUCUCAGUCGAUAUGGAUAGCGAAGAGCAAAAAACCAGCUCCAACUCGUCAAAAAGUGCAGCUUUAUUCCAGCUCAUGACGCGAGGAGACUAUCCAAAGAUUGUGAAUGGUCUCGUGGCCGAUGGUGCUGAUAUCAAUCAUGUGGCAGGCUCAGGCCACAAACGCGUCACACUUUUGUCGUGGGCUAUCAUCUGCAGGCGAAAGAAUUCUUUCAGAGCUCUUCUGCGCAAUGGCAAUGUUUCAAUCAACCACAGCCCCGACGGUACUCGUGGGCCACUUCAUCAUGCGGCUCGUUGCGUAGACGAUGUAUCGUACAUUCAAACGUUGAUAGAUCACCCCGACAUCGAUGUCAACGUAAUUCAAUCAUCUAGUAACCCGCUUCACGAGGCGCUAGACUCGAAGAACAGAUUGGGUGUCGACGCGCUUUUGGCCCAUCCAAAUAUUGAUCUUAGCAUUACAGAUUCUUAUGGGCAGACUCCUUAUCUCAAGGCGUUUAACCAUGAGAUGUGGGAACCGUUCCUGCUGAGAAUCAUGACGAUGCUUCCCCAGAAAAGCUUCUCUAUUCCAAUUCCCGUGACCAGUCAGCUCCUCGCUGCCGGUAAACACGGCUGGACGAAUGUCGAGGAAAUCUUCUUAAAAGUGUUCGCAUACCAGUGGCUCACGCAUGAUCCUGACACAAACCUGCAUGUGUUGGCGCACUACGCGUUCUUUGGCCAUCGGGAGAAGUUGCUCUGGAUCAUAGACCGUCUUCCAACCCAACGCGUCUCAUUACGCAGUGGAGUGGACCAUUACGACCUUCUUCACCUGUGUGCCAGUCACAACUGGGAAGACAUGGUGCACAUGAUGCAGCGGAAAUUUCGUCUACAGUCACUUUCCUCAGACCAUGCAGGGAGAACACUUCUGCACUGGGCCAUGGAAUACAAUUGGGAUAUCGACAAGAUGGAUCUCAGUCAGUACAGUGUGGCUGAUCUCAAUAAGAAGGAUCGCGACGGGUUGACAGCAGUCCACAUUGCCGUCAUAAACAGAAACAUGGCCGCCUUGGAAAUCCUGGUGGCCUCAGGGGCAAGUUACUUACAAAAGGACAACGCUGGCAUGUCACCCGCCCACAUGGCCGCCGAUCAAGGCUACCGCGCUGCCCUUGUAUACUUCAUAGACGUACAUUCUGCCGACUUUGGGAUUACUCAUACAGGCGCCAGCCUCCUGCACCUCAUCGCCCUGGACUUCGACGAAGCCAUGAUACACCACUUCGUAACCUCGCGAAAAGCGGCGAUAAACAUCAACUCCAUGGAUCGCGAGCGCCGCACCGCGCUACACUACGCCGCCAUGACCAACAACGCGUCUGCGGUCGAAGCACUCGUUAAGCUACGUUGUAGCAUCAAUGGCCGAGACAAAAAUGGCAAAUCAGCUAUCCACGAGGCUAUCCGAGGCGGCGGCGCUGACACUGCUUUGCGGCUGUUGGACCUCGGCGCCGACUGGCGGGCCACAGACGCGUUUGACCAGACGUGCCUGCACCUUGCUCUCCGAUACAAUAGUGAAAUCCUUGUGUCGCACUUCCUGCAGCUAGACAUGAACAUCGGCGCCGUAGACCGAUUCAAGAUGACACCGCUUCAUCGGGCAUGCGGCGCGGGCAAUGCGGAGCGCGCCCGCGAGGUCCUUGACAGGGGAGCGGCGUGGGAUGCGCGGAACAUGCAUGGGCGCUCACCCCUGGAGUUAGCCGUGGAGGCGAGGGCCACGAGCACAGUAGGGACGGUGGUGUCGUGGAUGGUGACGUUUCGGAGGGCACAAAUCAGCGUAAUUCGACGCAUAAUAAGUCGAUACUUCGACAGCGCGCUCAAGCUGGCCUGUGAGCUGGAGCUGGAUUCCACACGUAUCGCUAGCAUACUGAAGGAGGCCGGUGCAGACAUCGACUACAGCCAGGUCAAGGUUGAUAGGGUGUAUCUGGCUGGGCCGACAGCAGAGAAACGUGAUUCUCUUGUCCCUCGGGGGUGA